AAUGCCAUCUCACGCUCGCGUGAUCGAAUCGAACUGUCAAAUGUCAAACGUGCAACCGUAGGUAAUUUUCUUUAAAUAUUAACGUUAUCGAUUAUAGAUAAUUAAACAUCUUAGUCACGAUUCAAGGAAAUCAAAGUUAUGCACUAUCAUCAUGCAUUGCCUGAAGAUAAAUAUGUAAGCUGAUAGAAAGAUAUGUAUAGAAGUGUAGAUCGAAUUCCGAAGUACUCUGUCUCCUACUUUUCCUGACGAAUAUAUAUAUAUUUCGCGAGUGAAUGAGACGAGCAGAGGUCUUAUUAUGCCAACCUUAACGAAUCUACCGCCGAUAGCGAGGCUGUCCAGCAAAGUGAUCCGGAUCCUGGGAUGCAAUCCUGGACCGAUGACGUUACAGGGUACCAAUAGUUAUCUCGUAGGCACAGGACACAGACGUGUACUGGUCGAUUCAACAGAAACCAAAACAGCCGAUGCUUAUGUAAAGCUUUUAAAGAAUGUUUUAAAUGAGGAGAAUGCUACCAUCGAGCAUUUAGUGAUCACGCAUUGGCAUCAUGAUCACAUUGGCGGAGUAGAACCUGUGCGAAGCUUGCUGAACAAGCUGUUUCCCUUGGACAAACAGCCCAUUGUAUGGAAACUGCCACAAUCGUCAAAAGAGGAAAAAUCGAACGACGAGAAAUCCAUCCAAUGGGAAUUUCUAAAGGAUGAUCAAAUAGUGGAAGUUGAAGGAGCAAAGCUGCAGGUGAAGUACACUCCAGGACAUACUAGCGACCACGCUUGUCUGCUGUUGCAAGAUGACAAUGUUUUAUUCAGUGGCGACUGUAUUCUUGGAGAAGGUACAUCAGUCUUCGAGGACCUCCACGAUUACAUGUUAUCACUGGAUAAGAUCCUAAAGAUGCAGCCCAAGACGAUUUAUCCUGGUCAUGGACCGGUUCUAGACGAUCCGUUGCCACGUAUACAGCAUUACAUCAAUCACAGGAAGCAGAGAGAAGAGGAUAUUCUGCAGUUACUGGAAGAACAGGGAAAUAAUAAGUCAAUGACAAUAAUGGAUAUUGUUAAACUUAUAUAUAAGGAUACCCCAGAAAAGCUGUGGCUAGCUGCAGCACUUACAGUGGACCAUCACCUUCAGAAAUUACAGAAAGAAGGAAAAGUAUUACAGGAACAAGAAGGUGGUUGGUGGAAAGUUAAAAGCAAAAUAUGAAUGUAUUAUAUAGAAUAUCUAGAAAAUUAAAAUAUUUAAAAUGAA